GUGGGUGGGGCUAGCGGCGCUGCUUGGAGCGCGGCUUCUGUGAGGAAAACAGACUGUACCGUGCGGUUGGUCUGUUACCAAGAUGAGCGGCCUGCGUGGGGUCGAGAAGAGCCCUCUGCCCCAAACCCGCAGCCUCACUAUCCCUGACCCUCCCAAGGAAGACCCGGACCAGUGCCUGACGCUCGGCGGAGAAUCGGAGGCGGCGCCGGCGAUGGCGAAGACGCGUGAGGCCAGCGUGGAAACGGUCGCGAGCCCACCGCCCCAGCUUUCAGAGGAGGGAGGUGCACCCGGUUCCCAGAUCCGAGUCGAUGGGUGUCGCGGUCACCUGGCGACCAGAGCCCUGCAGGAGGAGGCUCCGCCUCGCACGGAGGGCCUGGAAACGGCCUCUGAGUUGGUGGCCACCGUCAGCAGCCUGAAAAGCGGCUUUCAGGGUGAGGAGAAGGCCCUGGAAACCUGUGGCGCAGAGAGGUCGGGGUCUGAGGUGGUGGUGGAGGCGAGGGUUCAAGAAGUGAAGGCCGAGAAGUGCGCCAUGCCCCCAGUGGCAGUGGGAGCGGAGGAGAGGGCUGAAGUGAAGGAAGGCGUGGUGGAGGAGGUGAUGGAGGUGGAAGUGCCAGCAGGUGAAGAAGUGGAGGCGGUGGAAGAAGCGAAGGAGGAGGCAGGACCCUGGCCCCUGCAUAUGGAUCUCCGGAUGAACCCCCUUGAGGCCAUCCAGCUGGAACUGGACACUGUGAAUGCUCAGGCUGACAGGGCCUUCCAACAACUCGAGCAGAAAUUUGGGCGAAUGCGUCGACACUACCUAGAGCGGAGGAACUACAUCAUUCAGAACAUCCCAGGCUUCUGGAUGACUGCCUUUCGCAACCAUCCCCAGUUGUCUGCCAUGAUUAGAGGCCAAGAUGCAGAGAUGUUAAGGUACAUAACCAAUUUGGAGGUGAAGGAACUCAGACACCCUAAAACUGGCUGCAAGUUCAAGUUCUUCUUUCGAAGAAACCCCUACUUUAGAAACAAGCUGAUUGUCAAGGAAUAUGAGGUCAGAUCCUCUGGCCGAGUGGUGUCUCUUUCCACUCCAAUCAUAUGGCGCAGGGGACGUGAACCCCAGUCCUUCAUUCGCAGAAACCAAGACCUCAUUUGCAGCUUUUUUACUUGGUUUUCAGACCACAGCCUUCCAGAAUCUGACAGAAUUGCUGAGAUCAUCAAAGAAGACCUGUGGCCAAAUCCUCUGCAAUACUACCUCUUGCGUGAAGGAGUCCGUAGAGCCAGACGUCGCCCAAUAAGGGAGCCAGUGGAGAUCCCCAGGCCCUUUGGGUUCCAGUCUGGUUAACCUCUGCCCUUGGGAAUACUGCUGCACAGGUCCCUUGCUGCCACCUCCUGUGCUUGGGCAAGAGCAGUGGGUAUGCCUUUUUUUUUUUUUUUUUGCUGAACUUUCUGUACCCUUUCUCCUUUCUGGAUAUUUAGUUCUCUCAACAUCAAGAUUGAGACUGUCACGAACAUUUUCUCCAGUUCCACGUGGCCUCCAUGCUAUUCUGUAUUAUCGCAUUGCAUGGCCACUAGCACUUCUAAGCCAAACAAAUGAUGCUGUAGGACUGCACUACAUUCACAUUGCUUAAACUUUUCCCCAGAGCUUCUGGUCUGGUUACUACCACUUGGAUUUCUAGUGUUGUCUGGGAACCAUUCUACUCACCCUGCUCUGCAUCCAGCAGUAACAGGCACGUGAUCUGUGGACAAUUACUGGGCAUUAAUGAUGUGAAGGGAGAGCUACAGUGGGCCACUUGUUCUGUGUGAUUUAUACUUCAUUGCUUUUCCUGCAUCCCUAGUUACGUUUUAGUGUUUCCUGCUAUUGGCUAUGCUUACCCCCUUUGGCUUUUGCCAAGGUCUCUCUCUCCCACUUUCUCCCUUUUCUCUUAUUUAUUAAAGAAAAUAUAAUUCAGAAACAUCUGCAAAAGUAAACUUUAGUUUAUUUUGCAUAUUAUAAUUUCCAGAGAUAGAGAGGUUGCCUUUUAAAGUAGAGUAUUAGAGCUCUGAUUGCCCUUCUGCUCUCUUCCCAAUAACCUGCCCCUUUGGCAAGUCCUAGAAGGCUUAAAGGAGAAAGCACUAGAUGGAAGAAAGAUGUUAGUUUAUAAAGAAAGAACUGAAGAAAUUGAUGUGUGCUCAAAGCAGUGAAAACUAAACAAAACGCUAGAGGCAGAAAUGAGCCAGUUAAAAAUUUGGGUGAGACUGAACUGAUUGAGAGCCUGAGUCUUACUCUGUAAAUGGUGAUGGGAGGAGAAAUAUUUUCUCAGGAUUGUAAUAAAAAAAUCACAGGAGUUUGGAGUGUUACAUAUGUUGUCUAGACAAGAAUUCUUUAAAGAACGGUGCAAAUUUGGAUGCUUUCUGUUUUUAUGUGAUCUGAUAUAUUUGGAAGAUCAAUAUUGUGUCCUUAUUUUACUACUGUUGAGUAAAAUCUUGUUAUUUUCAGUUUUUGUUUAUUAGGAAAGUUGAGCUGUACCAGUUUUCUUUUGCUUCAUUUGAUAACAAUUGGAAGAAUGACAGUCUUUUGUAAAAUAUUGACUUAAAUGAAUUUUCACAAGUUUUCAACUUUUUUUUUUUUCUUCCAUUACUGUACUCUUAGAAACUUAUUUGGAUAACUUGGUUUUGUCAGUCUUGUCAAAUUAUUGCCUUCCUGGAAAAAUAAUAGACAAAAAGUGUGGCUUGAUAAAUUGUUUUGAUAAUGUACUCUGCUAACAACUUUGUAAUUGAUGUGUCUCUUCCCAAAUUGCACAAAGAACUUGUGAGAUUACUCUGUCAAAUUAGAAGCGUUCCAUUGGCAUAUUUGUUUUCCUUUAUAUGCAUGAUGAUAAAAUAAAAGCAUGCCACUCUG